UGAAAACUACCGAACCCCUCAACAUUAUCAUUCUGUACACUUUUAGUGGGACGUUCCGAUGUGGAUUUUUCUUGUUGGCAUAAAAUUAAAUACGUAUUUUGCGAAUUUGAUGGUCGUAUUUGAUCAGCACGGCUUUGAAAUUGCCUCGUAGCAGUUGAAUAACCCAGGUGACUACAAUUUAAUGAACUUGGGAGAGAAACAAUGGCUGACGAGACUGAAUUUUUAAAGUUGCCUGUCGAAGAUAGGUGCAUUCAUAAGUCCUGGAAAGCAAGAUUGAAUGGAUAUGAAGAAGCAGCCAAGCUUUUUGCAAAGCUUGAUGAGAAGAGUCCUGAGUUUUCUAAAUAUCUUGGAAUUUUGAAAAAGUUUGUAAUUGAUAAUAAUGCUGUUGCACAGGAGAAAGGCCUAGAUGCUGUGCUGGUGUUUCUGGAGAAUGCUGCUGUGGCACCAAA